CCAUGACAGACAGUCUCAUCGUCAUGUGAUAUGAUGGACAUGAAAGACAAACAUGUCAAACCGUCACUGACUGUGACUUCACAUGCAAUUCAGCCAUCCACCUGUCCGUCCAUCUGUCCACCCAUCUGUCUGUCUGUCUGUCUGCCUGUCUGCCGCCUCUCACUGCCAAUGCACAAUCGCCGUGUGCGGGUGGUGCAGUAUGUGCAGCCACAUGUCAUUGCCAUUGAAGAACCGGUCACUGCCCACCACCACCAAGUGGCGCCUGGCACGGCUGAGGGCCACAUUGGUGCGGCGGGGGUCCUCACAGAAGUCCUCGCUCGACGACUUGCCGCCGCUGUUGCGGCCCCCCGACCGGGCGAAGAGGCCCCCGCCGCCGAUGCUCUUGCGCUUGGGCGGCUGAGAUGCGGCGGGAUUGGCACUGGCAGCAGUCGGGCUGGUGGUGGUGUUGUUGUUUCGUGUGUGUGAAGUGGAUGAUGGGAAUUCUCUGCGGACGGUGGAUAGGAAAAUGAUGUCCUUCUCGGCGCCCUGGAAUGCGUCGACCGUCGAGACCUGAGGGACGACACACAUGCACAGCGAAUGGGGCAUUGUUGUGGUGUCUCUUCUGUGCUCUCGUGAAUGGAUCAAACCUGGAUGUGAGCUCUGCCUUGGAAUCGCGCCUUGACCCUCUGGUCGAUCUCAAAGGCUUGCUCUGCGCCCACACACCACACACCAUAUGCAUAUGCGCACACACACAGCCCGAGAUGUGUCUGCAGGCCGCCGGCGGCUUACUUCUGUACAGCGAUAUGACUCCGAUGGACGCCCCCUCUGGCCGGUUCUCUCUCUGGAGCGACUGCAGUGCAUCCUCGAUCAUGUUGCAGAUGGCCUGCGCCUCGUACUCGUUGCGAUAAGACACACCGUUCCUAACCUCCCUGUGCCAAUGACCCCACACACCACACACACACGUUUUUUACCCACCUUCGCGAAUGCAUUCUUGUUGUGUCUCUGGCUGCUUGCAUGCGCACUUGUUCUGUGGGUGGUUGGCCUGCAGGACGACAGCGCUGAGCGGCGCCCAGUUGUCGAUGAUGGGGGCACGGUCGCUCUCAGUGACGCCGUCCCACAGCUCGCCCUCGCCGUAGAAGAGCUCGCGGCAGAGACACGACAGGUGGGGGUGGCAGCGGUACUGCGUGCGCAUGGGGAGGGGGGCGAUGGGAGGGGGAGGGGCCAUGUGUGCCGACGGCAGGGGGGCACCGUCCUCUGGGUCUUCCAUCCAAAGACGGUCGAACAGAGACAUGCAGAGAUUGCUGUUGCCCUGCAUUAGUGAGUGACAUAUGGAUGGACACACACGGAGAUGUGGGGGUGGGUGGGUGACCUUAGUGAUGGGAGGUAGUUGGUUUGGGUCUCCGAUGGCCAUCCACCGCAGAGCCCGGAAGCGCACGAGGACGGCGACCGACUGCGGCUCGAUCAGCUGAGACGCCUCGUCGAUGAACACAAACGGACAGCUGCCCUCCAGCCUGUUCGGGCAGACCUGGAUGGAUUGAUGUGUCUCUGUGUGUGUGUGUGUGUGUGUGGAUGUGUGUGUGUGGAUGCCGACCCGCCGAGCGCUUCGCUUUGCAUGGCUGUGGCGCAUGUGGUGGCGAUGAUACGAACACGGCCCUUCCAGUCCUGCACACACACAGACGGACACAUGGAUGCCCAAUCCCGCCCCUUCCUCUCCGUAAAACCACCUUGAGUUGGGGUGGGUAUUUGCCCUGGUCGACGAGUGUCUUGAGCUGCAGCAGCUCCUGACGCAGCAACGCGUCAAGGUCCCCCCCACCCUGCUGCCCCUGCUGCUGCUGGCGGGCCCGAUUGCUGCUGCUGCUGCUGCUGCUGCCAGUGCCCAGCCUGAGGUUGAGGGCCUCGGUGAACUCCUGCAGACCCCUCUUCCUGUCCGUAACCGCACUCGCCGCAUACCUGAUCCACACACACACACACACACACAUGGGUGGGUGGUGGGUGGAUUGGUGUCUUGUGUUGGUGCAUUGAGGUCACUUGAGGACGUUGGGUUUCAUCUCCUUGGGUGAACCGAUUCGGAUGAGCUGCUCUUGGGGCAUGCCGAUGGCGGCCAGCUUCUCCACCACGCCGUCGACCGCCACGUUGGUGUUGCACACGAGCAGGAUCUUGCUCUUGCACCCCUCGGCACACAGCACCCUGAUCGACCCGACCCACACACCCAGGUAGGUAGGCGUCCAUCCAUGAUCCAUGCCAGCACCCAUGGCUCCGUUACUUGGAGAGGAACAUGAGAGCCGCCGCCAGCAGGGUGGACUUGCCGCUACCGAACACGCCGUGGACCAGCAGGCAGGGCGCCUCGGGGGUCCCGGCCUCGUCAGCACUCCUGCAUGCUGCCGAUGCUGCUGCUGCCGAUGCGGCGGCUGCUGCUGCGGCUGCUGCAGACGACGAUCGUGGGUUGUCAUGGAGAUCGUUCUCUACGUCGAAGUCAUCGGGGUCCGCUGCAGCCGCUGCAAUCUUGGCACGAUCGAGGUCGUCAUACUCAAACCUGACGACGGACGGCAAAAGGCGGAAAUCGGAGUGCAUUCAGGUGUUUGUCUGUCUCGAUGGGGUGCGUGCGAACCAGUCGGCGAUGGCCUGUAUGACGCCAAGCUGGUCGGCGUUGAGGGUGGGUGAGUUGUAGGUGACCUCUUCAAGCAGCUCCUCCGCUCGGUAGCUCGUCACCUUCACCUGUGUGUGUGCACACAAACACACCGCACCACAGCCGUGGGCGAGGCUCUCUGUCUGAUCGUGUGUAAGUGUGUGGCUCGUCUGUCUGUCUGUCUGUCUGUGUGGCUGACCAGCUCGAGUUGAGUGCACCAGGGGGAGGAGGAGGACGGAGACGCAGACGCGAUGCUGAAGGAAGAUACACAGGGCGGGGAGGGGAGGAGGAGGGAUACGCCCUUAGGUGGUGGUGGUGGUGGUUCUGUGUCCCUCUUUCACCGCAGGCAACAGGCCAGUGCGGUCAUGUUGGGGUCGAAAUUGUUCCCCACGCCCAGGCCACGAGACUCAAACAUCUUGCGCUUGCUGCACACACACACACACACAGACACACACAGCUCCCUGUUUGUGUCUCAGGUGUGCAGCAUUCGCUUACCCGUUCUUGCUGGUCUGUCUGCCAUUGCUGCUGCUGUUAUGGUUGCUUGCGCUGCUGGACGACCUGCCGUCUCCCAUGUGCACAUCACCGCCAUGACCAUUCUCACUGCCACUCCCACCACCAGCUGACACGGACAGAGCGACCUCCGAGCGAGGCGUGUUCUGACACAACACAACACACCAUAUACGACACCACUUAUGUGUGAGCAAAGACCGUCCCUCCCUCUCUCUCUCUCUCUCUCUCUGCAUGCCUCAUAGAAUCUGAGCAGCCCCUGGAUCAGUUUGAACUCCGUGGGGAAGUCAGCGAUCCUGGUGGCGACGCCCAUCUGGACCGCUGCGUCGUUGUGCGUGAGGGCCUGGAUGGCCUCCACGCUGGCCUGGUUGAUCGGCUGCACCUCCAGCCUGCCGUUCGGCGUCACACCACGACCAAUGGCCCGCACCAGAAUGGGAGGACGGUGGGGCGACUGCGGGGGGCACUCGAUGGCAAACACAUCGCCUCUGGGGACACACAAACACACAAAAAAGGAGUCUUUGGUGUUGGUUGAUGUGUGUGUGUGUGUGUGUGUGUCGUGUUGGUGUGUGCGACUGACUGCCUGCCGAUGCCUUUCCACUCGUUGGUGUUUAUCUGAGCAUUGCGGCCUCCGCCCCAGCCGUACCCAUUAUACCCCCGGCCGCCUCCCCAGCCGCGCCCACCGCCCCUCUGCUGCCAACCACCACCGCCACCGCCGCCACCGCCGCCGCCACCACCGCCCUCACGACGCGCACGCAAGAAAUCCAGCUCACACCUGCCCAGUCGCAGUGCAGAGACACACAUGAGUGGUUUGAAGAGCUGUUCGUUCGCAUUGCAGUCAGUACUUGUUGUAUGUGACGUCUUGGCCUUCCUCCUCCUCCUCCUCUGAGCCGUCGCCGUCCUCUUCAUUGUCAUUGUCGUGUUCCACCACCAUCUCGCCCUUUGCGCGUUUCUUGGCUCGCUUCCUCUCCUCCUGUUUCUGCUUGUUGAGCUUGCGCUUGCGAUCCUGGUUGACCUUCUUCUGCUUGGCCUUGUCGACGGCGAGGCGGUAGCGGAGGGUCAGCCCGUGGACACGCGGGAGGGGGCAGCGGACGUUGUCACCUGCGGAGAGGGAGGGAGGGAGGGAGGGAUGUCUUAUGUGCGUGGUGGCUGUGGCGGACCUCUCUUGGUGGCUGAGAGCUGUGCGGCUGCUUCGACCAUCUGUGUGUGCAUCUGGUGGAGGAUGGCGUUGAUGUAGUGGAGGGCGUAGCUCAUGCGCGUGGGGUAGUGGUAGGACAGCUCAGGCACGGGCAGACAGGCUUCACGCUGGGCCUGAGGCGACACCUAGACCAACCAGACACACAACAACACGAACGAGGCAAGCAUCCUCUCCUCUGUGCAUAUUUCUGUGUGUGUGUGUGGUCACUCCCUGACCUCCUGCGAUAGCGUCGGUACGGCAAACCGGCACGGCAAGAAGGCCAUGUUCCCCUCCUUGCCACCGCUGUCAACCGCCACCCCCACCAUCCCUCCCCCCGACACAUGGGUGUCCUCCUUCCACGCACCCAUGGCCGGCAGACGAUCCAACGCCACAAACCUAGGCAGACUCCCUCCCCCGGCAGCCCCUCCCCCAGAAGCGCCGCUUGGCUGAGACAUCAGCGACAUGAGCUGUGGGGGCGGGCGAAUGUUGGCACUGGCGUGGAGAUUGCCUCGCCCACGGCCCCGACCGAUGGACGCCCGAUUGAUGGACAGCUGAGGCGAGAAUCUUGGUCGUGCAGGGAAGGGUCGGGUCGGGGCGGGGAACGGUCUCUGUGACUGUGGCUGUGGCUGCGAUUGCUGCUGUGCGUCGGCCAUCGGGACGUCCUGGUCGACGGCACCUGGACCGUCACCACCACCAUCUGCAGGUGAAGCGGGAGACGCCGAUGCAGAGGGAUGCAGCAGGCCCCUUCGCCGGCCGCUCGAGUUGUGUCGCCGGUUGGCUGCCGGCAUAUCCUCCUCACCGCCACCCCCAUCCUCGCCACUCAGCUCACGGCGCAUCUUCUCGCUCAGUGGCUUUCGGGGCCUGUUGUGAGCAGGGCCUGGCUGCGGGAGGUCGCGAGAGGGCGAUACUGCAUAGAAGGCCGCCGCGUGAUUGGCCUUGGGUGAUGUGAGCAUGGGUGGCUUGCGAGGGGGCGGUGGACGCUGCGGCUGCUGUACGGGCUUGAGAGGGGGAGGGCGUGGGGGUGGUGGUGGUGGUGGGGCAUGGGAAGGCGAGGCGGGAGCGGGGUUCCUCUCGCUGUCGAUCUCGACAUAGUGGCGGGGGAAGAUGUCGUUGGCGUUCUCAGGACUGAUGACAGAAUGCAGACAGACAAUGCGCAUCAGUGGAUGGAUAUGGGGCGGUGUGUUGUACGACACCAUCCUUCAUCUCACUUGAAGUCGUGUAUCGAUCUGAUGGAGUGUCGUGUGGUCCUCUCCAGCACCCCACCCCUGCUCUCGCCGUCAUCCGCCAGCCCAUGCAACGACAGCUCCACGUACUCGCCCUUCUGCCGCACCACCACCACACCGUCCUGCUUCUGCCUCUUGACCUUGUUGUGUUUCUGGUGCGUGUAGAGGCACCCGAACUCCCGCAUCUCACCCUCUGCUGCUGGCGCGCUGCAGUGACCAUGGUCCUCCUGGGCCGGGGGCGAUGGGUGUGCAUUGCUGCGUGAAGCGGAGGGUGGCUGUAGCCGGCGCUGCUGCUUCUGGAAGGGGCGGGGAGGGAGGGGGUCCGUCGGCAUGUGUGGCGGCUUGCGGGUGGUGGGCUGGUGUUUCUUGUGUGCCUCGAGUUCCUUGGGCAGCUGAGCGAGUUCGGCCAUGACCUCGAGCAUGAUCAUGCCGGCCUCGUCGUCGAGCGGCUGCGGCGCCUUGGGGUACGGCACCGGCGCACCGGGGGGCAGGAUGGCUUUCACCUCCUCCCGCCAGCGCUCGAUGGCCUGCAUGUACUCGAUGGAGCAGCUGAUUUUGUCCUCAAUCGCCGCAUCCACCAGCUCACUCGGCCACUUGGACGGAUGCACACCCUCCCAAUCCUCCAACCCGCCGUCAUCAGCAUCGGGCGGCGGUGUGUCGUCAAUCACGAUGGGCAUCGGUUUGGGGUCUGCAGCUGGCGGGCCGGGUACGGGCGAGCGGAAGGGCCGUGAGAGUCCCUGCCGGACACGCAUGCCUAGCUGCCUGGCAGCGGGUUUGUGUGCGAUGGGGCGGGGUGGGGCGAAGGCUGCAGAGGGUGCAGCAGACUGGGCCGACGGGGGGAUGCCGCCGAUCUCGUCUGAUGCAUCAAUCUGGAGGACGUGAACGGGGAAGAUGUCGCCAGCAUUGUCACCACUGCAGCGGGCAGAGCAACACACAGCAACACACAGCAGCACACAGCAGCACACAGCAGCACACACAGACAGGAGAGAGAUCUCGCCGUCGGUGUGUUCCUCUGGUGAUUUCUGUUGUGUUUGCUCACUCGAACUCAUCGAUGGACUCAAGGUUGUGGUCUGAGCUCUUCUCUACCUCCGCUCCCCGCCUGCCGUUGUCCAGCGCUUCAUAGAGGACGGCCUCGACGUGGUGCGGGCACUGCUUGAGCACCAGGAAGCCGUCCUUCCAUGCCUUUUGUUUCUUGGUCCUCUGGUGGCUGUACAAACACCUGAACUCACGGCUCAUCACGGCGGCAGGUAAGAAAGAGCGGCGCGGCCAGUUUAUCCAUAAAAGAGCCGACAACCU